UGACCUACUCUAUAAUAUUCAUAAGGGAAGGGAUUACUAGAAAAUUAUAAAAUUGAAAAUUACAAAUGGCCUCCGUUUCCAACUUUCGGCUGCCGUAGUUUUUAAGUGGCAUGGUUACAUAUUAAGAUCUAACAAUUAGUCGAAACGAACUAUUGAACGAACGAUUGUAAGGCUGUAGAGGUGCCAGUAAACAUGGGCAUACAAGAUUUACAGGCGUUUUUAGAAAACGAAGGAGUCGGUGUGGAUUUAUUUCGAAUCGCCAGAACUCAUCCAGGUGGUUUCCGUUUAGUGCUCGAUGCUGAAGGAUGUCUUGAUCGUUUGUAUGGUGGCUACUUCUCAGACUGGGCUUGCGGAGGCCAGUGGGCAAGAUGUGUACAAUUUUUAACAACAUUGGCACAGGCCCUUGCUGAUCAUCAAGUAUCCCUAUGUGUUUGUUUUAAUGGAGCUCACCCAACACCUCCAGCCUUACCACAGCACUGGAUCCAAACACAGGCUACAUAUAGACAGAGAGUCAAUUCUGUUCUUCGCCACAUUGUGACCAAAGGCACACCACCACCAAAAGUGUGGUGGGUACCUCCAACUGGACUGCACUCUUGCCUUAGAACUGCUUUGAGAUACCUCAAUAUUCCUAUUAUGGUGUCAUCAGAUGACCAUUGUCAAGAAGUAGUAGGCUUAUGUAGAGAGAAGGCAUAUGCUGGUUUAGUGGGUUGCUCUGGUGAAUAUUUAGUUUUCCAGCCUCCUAGAUAUUUUAGUUCAUCUCAAUUAAAGCUAACAUACAGGUCAUCAUUGGAAACAAAGGAGUAUAUGGUUCAUGAACUUCCUAAAGUACUUGAUGUACCUCAAGACCGAUUGUGCCUAUUUGCAGCACUUCUAGGCGGAGUGAUUUUGUCUGAAAAUGGUUUGACUGACUUUUACAAACGUCUUGGAAUUAAUCAAAAGAAGCAGCAAGUACCACCAGAAAACUUAAUUAAAACAAUAGGCCAGUUUGUACACGAUUUGCCAUCAUCGGAUAUAGAUGCUGCAUGUAUUGAGGUAUUUGGUGACCUCAAUGAUCUCCGAGCUGCAAAACUAAAGCAAGCCGUACAGUAUUACUUCAAUGGCACCAAAGAUGGAUUUUUAAAAUAUAGAACUGCAUCUGGUCGUCGUCCAAAACCAAACAAAAAGAACCAAAAACCAGACCAGAGUCUGCAAUCGACUUCAUCCGAUAUGGACACCUCGAAAUUGGCAACUGAAUCAUCCGAACAUGAGCAAAAAGGCUUGGAAGAUUACAAAUUGGCGACAGUUAACGCGUCAAUGAACGCAGACUUUAGCUUAGAGGAGCAUUGUCAUGAGUUGAGUCAUGGCGUUGCGGCGAUGUCUUUGGAAACAGCAGACACACAUAUGAAGCAAUUGGCUAAACCCACUGAAAAAGUGGACAGACCAUCCAAGGAGGGAGUACAAACAGUAAGCGCGCACUUGCAAAGCGAAGACAACUGCCCAUGCGCACCGGCUGAAGUUCUACGCACGUGCGCGGAAAGGCACACACGUGGUCUCAUGCACCCACAGAUGCUGUCCAUACUGACCCAUAGACAAAUUACUCUGCCAGUGCUCAUGGAAGAUGAUAACCAUAGAGAAAUACCAUCAAUACACCACUUCUACAGGCCGAUUCGACAAAAUGUAUAUGCUAUUGUAUACAAUAUGCAUCACCAUCGAUUCAUGGCUCAAAAGGCGAAAGAGGAAGGAACAGCAAGUGCAUUGUUGAAUGAUCGGCCUUGUACAGUACAAGUGGCAGAAUGGAUUUAUUCCCGAGUGAAUCCGGGUAAAAGCCAUGAGAUUGUACCGGGCGUUGUACUUGACUGGCCAGUGCCUACCGUACAAAGACUUUGGUUUGGUACCGCCCAAGAUGACAAGUGCCGUCGUAUGCGUGCGUUCCUAUCGUGCAUGAAGUCUGAUACUCCUCUCAUGCUCAACACCUCUUAUGUGCCGCAGCAUCUUUUGAUUUUAGCGACUGUAUUAAGAUUCAUUAUGACGUCUCAAAUACAAAUUCUUAGACGGCAAGAAUUGGAUGCAUUUUUAGCGACAGCUUUCUCAACUGAUCUCAUGAACGCUCUGCACUUGCAAGAAAUGACGGUGAAUGGAAUUAGUUCCCGUGGCGUUCAGCUAGGGGCGUUAGUGAUGGCUGGUGCUGAAGUGGCGUUACUGGCGAACGACGCCUGCGGUGCGCCCGUGCCGUGGCUAGUCGCCGCGCCAUGGCUAUACUUUGACGGGAAAUUACUUCAACGUAAUUUACAUCGCGCAAACCAUUGCAAGCACUUGGCUCAGCUGUGCGAUAACCAUCUGGAUACUGUUGUCAAGGUGGAACGCAUGCGCAAAGCAAUCCUCGAAGGUUUAGAGGUUGAGUUUGCGAUGCCCCCCCUUCCACUCGUAGGGGUCGUGGGUGAACCUUUAGGCGGGUGGAGGGGAAGGGGUCGCGGGGCGAGGCUUGAGAUUGCAGGAGUCGUUGUGGGGCAGUGGGGCGGCGGCAGCUAUCCACCACGCACUGCCAGAUAUCCUCAGGUCAGCUACGUUGGCUACACGCCCCCUCCUCGUAACGCGUACGGUGGUCGCGGAUGGCGUGGCGCUCGCGGCCGUGGGCGUGGUCGCGGCACCAUCGGCACCAGAGGGCGUGGACGACGCGUCAGAAGGGACACGGAUGAGCCAGCCAGACCUGCCACUAUUGCUGUUAAUGGAAAAACUGUGAGAUCUGAUGAUAUGAAUCUUCUCGCCGAUGAGGGAAGUCCUCACGAGGACAACAUAGAUAAUGAUGGUGAAGGAGCUCAACUACAGAAAACAAAGACUGGAAAAAUUCCCAAGAAAAAUCUGGGAAAAGGGAAAAAGAAAUCGGCUAAGACUGAUGUAGCGCAAUCGUUAGAGGCCAAUGGACCUAAUGGACCUUUAGAUAAGAAGGAUCAAUCCAUAUCUGAAAAGGAGCACAUCGGUCAAGGGGAUGCACCGGUCUCUAAUUAAAUUGUUUUAUUUUAAAGAAGUAAUUUUUAUGUAUUUAUUUACAGUUUUUAACAUUUUUUUUUCCGUAGUUCAGUUUUUUUUUAUUGUUAUUAGAUGCAUUCUAAGAUCUGGCAUUAGCUGGAUAAAGGUCUGGGCAACAUUUUCGCACGUAUUCAACAGCCUUCAGCUCUCGACAUUGGUUAAGAUUGGUCAAUUUAUACCCGGUUUCUAUUUACACUAGCAGGCGUAUAGACAAUCGCCAUCUAUCCAUAGAUAGAUUCCUCUAGUCAGGCAUGCCUCUAUAAAAUCUAUGGAAAAUUGAUCAAUCAUCUAUACUGACAUCAGUGUAUGAUAAAGUGAAGCCAUGUAUUUGUAAUUCUAAGUUAGUUGCCUCUAAGAUGAGUAAUAUACGUGCCUAAACAUCUAAAAGACUUCCCGAAGGUGAGACUGAUUUUUUAAUUUGACACGAUAGUGUUUAAUUAUUAAUAUCGAUGUGACAAGCGAUUUUCGCUUUUAUUGCGACUGGUUUGGGUUUAGCCGGCGUAAAGUCCCUUGUUGAUAGCCUCUAAAUAUACUGUAACUUAAGAGGUAUAGAAAUAAGGGGUUUAACCUUUGUGUAGAGUAUAUUAACUUUUCAAACAUCAAAAUGUAAAAAAACAUAUGGUUACCAUAGCAACCUGUAAUUUUAUAAUCUGUGAUUACUUUUUACGCAAAGGUCUGUUGACAUUCUCUCUAAAUACAACAAUUCCAUAAAAAAGUCUAAUUUCACUGUUAACUAAAGUACUCUUUUGUCUCUUUCUUUAGUUUUGUUAAAAAUGGUGUAAUUAAACUUUUUUUUGUAUGAAUUAUCUGUAUUGAGAAAAUGUUAAACAAACUGAAAUUUACUUGAAUAUAUCAGUUAAUUUUGCGCCGGUGAUAUCUGAAUUAAAAGCUAUUUCCGAACAAGACAAGCUCAAUGUUUAGGAUACAAUAAAAACAGUUAUUUGAAUAUCCAAUGACAAACCAAUGAAUACAGCUAUGAGGUCCACGAGAUGACCUCCAUUAAUGAGACAAGUGAUAUUUGCUAUUAAAUUACCAAGUUGAGUCAUUUAAAUGGCAUGUAAGCAUAUGAGUCGGCAUUAUUUAUUUACACAUAGUAUAUUUACAAUUUACCAAAAUAUCUUAUUUUUAAGCUCGGUUUAGCCUAUGUAAUCUAAACUCAGUAUUAAAGUGAAUUGACCAUAGAGAAAAUUGGUGUUUAAGUACAAUUUUAGUUUGAGGUAACUGUCAACUAACCAUAGAUAAAAUAAAUGUAUAACUAUGAUAGGUUUUUUAAGUGUGACAAUAAAUUAUGUUUUAAUAGAUAAAUUAUGAAAUUGAUUGAUGUAGAUUUUUUUAACCGAAUAUGUAUAUUUUGAUUUCUGGAUCAUUAGUUUAAGAUGUAUUUUUUAUGUUUCGGGGCGUUUAGUUUAAUGGUUAACAUUCACUUAACUAAAAGAUCUUUAUAAGUUAUGUUCGAUUGCAUGGGUUAAACCCAACGUAUUCAGACUUGUUUUUAGGAACUUUGUGUAUAUUUAGGCGUUAUUGAAUGAAUGUGAGAUUGUUUUAACAUUGCAAUAACUUGCUGUUGUUACUAUAAGCAUGUUUUUCUCAUAGUAGGCGAUAGCAGGUUGUUCCAAUGUGGUAUAUUGUUACAAUUGUUGAAUUGGUCCUCCUAGAAUACAUUAUAAUCUAUUUUCGUAUGCACUUGUUUGUCAACAUAUGAUGAACAGUGGUCGGAGGAGAAUGAAAUUAGUGUUAAAAUCGCAUUUAUUGAUUGAUGGUUGGUGCUCUGAAAUUAGUCUGUGGGACUUAAAAUUAGCCUGAAACGAGUCUGAAACUGAUAGAUAUAAGUCUAACGAUAGACGUUUAAUGAAAGUGAAAGAACAUUCGCGUGUUGAGUUUUCCACAUCCUAUAGGGUAUUAUUUGAAUAGAAUAACUUAGAUUUGUUAGUGAUAUAUUUAUAUGCAUUUUAGGAAUCUCAAAACGGCGAAUGUUCUUUAAUUUAUAUGUAUUUUUGUAAAUUUGUUAUAUUGUUAUACUUAAAUUUAGCUGGAAUGACAAAUAUUUAAGACAAAGUCUUAUCACACUACUCCGUUGGUGAAAACACUGUUUCAACAUCAAAUGUAACAUUCCAUUGAAAACGUUCACAAAGUAAAGUACCGAACGGUUGACACCAAUAGAGAAUGGAACUAAUGAAGACUUUACAAUUUGGAACGCUUUAUUCCCUGGCUGGAACAGAGACAAAUAUGUUGCCACAAUAACAUAUUGAUUUAACAAAGGAAACUUGAUCAGAACUAGUGAAACCACAAACACUGCGAACACUAGUUGGAAGUGAUCGCUUAAAGAUGUAAAGCAAACCGACUUCGUAUUAUCGCUGUGGCGAUAGGUUUUAGCUACUAGAUAGCACGCGUCUAUACGACGCACUCUUAUAUAAACAUUUAUAUAUUAUUGCUUGCUUAUUAAUAAACAGAAUAUUGUAGCGUUAGAAUUUAAACUUCAAUGUAAUAACUUUGAUUUCGUUAAGGAAUUAUGUGUAACGUCAAAGCAUGUUAGGGGUUGGUUAUAUUUCAUGGGAUGCAUGUUUAUAUUAGACGGUUUAUAACUAUGGGCACUGUUUACAAACAAUUUUAUUGAACGGAAAUUUUAUUAUUCGGGAAAUUUCCUUUGUUUUAACGGUAUUUGUGCUAUUUAAAAUAAACUGUCACAUAUUUUAAAUGUAUUAUUAGUACUGUUUCCAAGAAGGAAGGUAGAUUUUAUGUUUCUUAAAACCAAUAUUCCAUAUAGUUUUAGAUUAUUAUUCAACAGUAUAACCUUUACUCCAAUUAAACUUAUUUGCUGACAAUGGUCACUUAAUAUUUUGUCAACAUAAUAUGAAUAUAUUAGAACUAUUUGUCAUAUUCAUACCUUUUUCGUAAUUGAGUAGCAAUAUGGAACUGUGGCUUUUUGAAAACACUUAUAACUACAUAAAUUUGCUCUUAAAGUUCAUAAAAAUAAUAUGUUCACAACUAUUUUUCUGUGAACAAUACAAUAUUGGACGAAAUUAACUUGUAAAGAGUUGUAUUUGUCUUCAAAUAAAAGGUUCCAUCAUUAA